AUUUUCGAGUCAUCCAAAAACCACACACAGAUUCAGCUGAAAACCCUACGAAUUAGGGUUUUUUUUUUCUUCCUGUUGAGAAAUUCUUGCAACAAUGCGGAAGGGGAGGAGCUAUUUGGGUCGGCAUCACCAAGGGAAGAGAUCGUCGACGGUGGCCUUGGUUCUAUCAAUGCUUCUAAUGCUGACUAUAGUUCUGCUGGUACUUCUUGCUCUAGGGAUUUUUUCACUUCCGAUCGGUUCCGACGACGGUUCUUCUUCUUACCUUAAUGAUCACAUCACUUUCAAGCGGAAACGGCUGCUUGUUGGUGAUGGUGAUGGUGAUGGCGAUGGGAUGGGAAAGAGAGGAGAUCAGUGGACUGAGAUUCUCUCUUGGGAGCCUAGAGCUUUUGUUUACCACAAUUUCUUGUCAAAGGAAGAGUGCGAGUAUUUGAUAAAUCUUGCGAAGCCUCACAUGUCAAAGUCAACAGUUGUUGAUAGCAAGACUGGUCAGAGUAAAGAUAGCAGGGUGCGUACAAGCUCGGGAACAUUUUUGAGGAGGGGAAAGGAUAAAAUCAUACGAAACAUAGAGAAACGGAUAGCAGACUUCACAUUUAUCCCUGUAGAACAUGGAGAAGGACUACAAGUUCUCCAUUACGAAGAAGGACAAAAAUAUGAGCCUCACUUUGACUACUUCCUUGAUGAAUUCAACACUAGAAACGGAGGCCAGCGAAUAGCUACAGUUCUUAUGUAUCUAUCAGAUGUCGAGGAAGGGGGAGAGACAGUUUUCCCUGCUGCCCAGGGAAAUUUUAGCUCUAGGCCCGAGUGGAAUAAUUUGUCUGAGUGUGCCAAAAAGGGUAUCUAUGUGAAACCAAAAAUGGGUGAUGCAUUGCUUUUCUGGAGCAUGAGGCCUGAUGCGACAUUGGAUCCAAGUAGUUUGCAUGGUGGUUGUCCUGUGAUUAAAGGAAAUAAAUGGUCAUCUACAAAGUGGAUGCAUGUUGAAGAAUACAAGAUAUAAGUUAAAGGCAGUACAUAAAUGUAAGUUGAUCCUAACGACGACAAAUAUGUCAUAUCCCUUUCAAGCUGCUAUGUAAUAUACACUCCCCAGGUGCUUUCUUAUCCUAUGACUUCAGAAUGGAUCGCUAGCAGUAAGUUAUAGUUGCGUUUUCAGAAAUUAAACCCGAGCUUCGCGUUGCAAAGGGGAUCAGCAUAAUCCAACAGGAAAAUUGAUUGAUUACAUAUACAGAUACCAGUGAUAACUUAUAUGAGAAUAGCCAAAUCUAGUCGUUCUUUUUCAUGUCUUUUUGGUUACUCUUUUUACUUGGUUGUUGUUGUUGUCAUGGAGAACAAAUUGUAAAAUGUCAUCGUCGUCUAAUUUAGCUCUCUUUUUUGCCUA